GAGCGACCAAACAUGACUCGGCGGAAUGGGGGCGAGAAGCGGGGAGGAUUGAGUCCCACCAGAUCUACCCGAAUUGGGACACGAUAUCCUGAACCCCAGACGACUGGAUUGACCGGGCCUGAAGUGAGCAGAAGUUGCAAUUCCAACGCUGUAGAUACUGACGACGCCGUAUGACGAAUACCUGCCCCGGAUGAGGGACAUAGAUGCCCCCAUUGACCCCCAAUCUCGAUAUCUCGGCGUCGGAGCCGGAAAGAUGCCGGUGAGGGGGACGUAACAGCGAGAACCGGCAUACAGAGUCACCGAGAUCCAACGGCAUCUACCCAGCAAAAGAUUCAAUUGCAGACCCCAGCAACGUGGCCAGCGUCGGUGAAACAGGCAAGAUGGGAACGACGAUGACGAAGGGCGAGCCGCAGCUUUAUUUCCGUCGAUCACGCACAGGUUGCCUGACGUGUCGAACUAUCCGCAUCAAGUGCGACGAGAAACGCCCGCAAUGCCAGAACUGCAACGACAGGGGGGUGGCUUGUGACGGGUACACGAAGCAGUUGAAGUGGGUGAGCGUUGGCUUCGAGCCGCACAUGUUGUCUCCACCUCCGACGCCGAGACGCACGAGGACGACGUCUGGCUCGGCUUUCAACUCGGCUGUCAACUCGGCUGCGGCCAGUUUCACUCUCCAGCCGCCUCCCAGAUCUGGUCUUGCCUUUACAUCCCCGAGGGACGCCCAUCUUCUCAGUCACUGGGCCGAGUCGUUUAUAGGACUCGUCUUUCCAAUCCCCGACGUCGCUUUCGACUUUAGGGCCGCCAAUUUCUCAUUGUUCAUAGAUGGGGAGUCUGCCCUGUUUCAAACCACAUUGGCCAGCUCUGCAGCGCACCUGGUGGCCGUUGGCUCAUUGUCGGAAACCGAAGCCCUCGAGAUACAGCACAGGGCAUUGCAUGCAGUCAUCACGUCGAUUAGAUCAAGUAAGCCCACCACAGGCGGCCGGCCAGUAUAUCUAAGUGAUGACUGCAUCUCCGCGUCACAGAGCCUAGCAGGUACCGCCGUUAUCCGGGGUUGUGACUUACAAAAAGUCCUCAUUCAUAUCCAAGGGACUGUAUCAUUACUGAAAGCCCGCUGCGCUUGGGACCGCUCGGCUGGAAAAUCAGACUCUGUGGUCAAAUCACCUAUCCUUGGACCAACAGUAAGGUUCGUGGGGUAUUUUGAUGUCUUUUGCAGUGUCCCCAGCCCGCGCAGACCCCUACUCUCUACAGCAUUCUGGGAAGACUACAUAUUCCCUGGUCUUGAUCAGGACAUGGCUCGCUGCCGCAGACCGGACUCUGUUCUUGGCUAUGCCGGCGGGAUAUUCUGCCUUCUUGGUGAGAGCAGUGGAUUAAUCUGCGACUUUUUCGAGGCCCACAUCGGAGUUGCGACCUUCUCCAGUCGACAGAAAGCCAUUCUGCAGAGGCUAAGACAUGCCAUGCAACACAUCCCUGCAGCACAAUAUCAUGUCGAAGCGCCUCUAGAUUCAAGUUUCCGCGGUGAUUCCUGGGAGACUGUAAACGACAACGCGUGUAUCGCAGCAGCCAUGUCACAUGGCUUGGCGACAGAAAUCUUCCUUCGUCGCGCCAACAUAACCAAUCCAGCCACAAUGGCUCAACUUUCAGCAAAUCUCUAUAAUUCCGUACUCGGAGUCCCACUCGACUCGAACUCUGUUACUAUGAUGGCCUGGCCACUUUUCGUGCUCGGGUGCGAGAGCGUUCCUGGGAGCACUCGUGCCACGCAGGUGGUUCAGCUGCUUCAGGGCAUGAUGGAAAAAAUGAAUAUCCUCAACAUUUCGAGAUGUUUUGAUGUGCUCAAGGGUGUCAUUUGGCCUCUAGCAAACAAUCACAAAGUGAUCGAGUUGGGCCCGGAGGGAGAGGAAUAUCUCCACUCUACGCAGACAGACUGGGUCCAUUAUUGUUGGAGAGAGGGAAUAGAAUUAUGUCUCGUUUAAGCCUACGAGAAAAAUGUAAAAUAU